AUGACUUCUAAUAACCUAUUAGUACUUGAAGCACUAAACACAGCUCGUACCCAAUGGUACCAUGCCAAAGCCAUUGUCAUCGCUAGAAUAGGUUUCUUUAUAGAUGCAUACGACCUCUUUUGUAUCUCCACCAUCUCCAAUCUCUUAGACCGUCUUUACUACCCAGAGCGUAGCACCGACCGAAACCUUGGAAAACUCCCUACCCACAUCAACAACGCAGUGAUCGGAGUAGCCCUCGUCGGAACCCUAUCUAGACAAUUGGCGUUUGGUUGGCUUGGUGACAAGCUUGGUCGUAAGAAGGUUUAUGAUAUAACCUUGAUUCUUAUGAUGAUAUGUGCGAUCUGUGUUGGUUUUUCUUUCGCCUUCAAGCCAAAAAUAGUGAUUGGGACCUUAUGUUUCUUCCGAUUCUGGCUCGGAUUUGGGAUCGGUGGUGACUUUCCCUUAUCCACCACCAUCAUGUCGGAGUAUGCGACCAAAAGAACCUACGGGUCGUUUAUUACCGCAGUCUUUGCCAACUGGGCACCGACGUAUGAAGAUAACCCUAUGCUUUCCACACAGAAGAACGCCAACUACGCAUGA